AUGGAUCCUCUUAGCAUCACCAGUGCCUCAGUCGCGCUGGCCGCCGCUGUCUAUAAAUGCACGAUCGCCGACGCGACCGACUCGCUCUCGGAUUUAGCAGAAGAGGCUCAAUUAAUUCAAGGGGCUCUCCAGGUUGUUGAGGACGCCUUGCGAACAAUCAUGAGUUUGACUUUGACUACGAACCUAUCAAAACGCAGCCAUGAGUUACCACGCAGAGAGCUUGACACACCGGCCCAGGAAUCUAACGUUAUUAUCAUAAAGCCAGUUGAGGAUCUCAUUGAUUUGAGCUGUGAACCGAGUGAACAAGCCACCUUGAUGCCGCCAUUUAUCCGCCCUCAGUCCACGGACCUAAUAGGUCUGCAGUUCAUGCCGAUAGCUUCGGACGACGAGGUAGAUAGCCCUAGCAGACUUGACGUUAGUCAAGCUGCGGAGCCUAUGAAUACACGAGGAAUAACCGGCUAUUUGAGAGAAUCGAGCUUGCCACCUGAAGUUCAUCCUGCGGUUGCAGAGGCGAGUCGUAUUGUCCUAGCUUCUGACAUGGUUUCGGAUGAGCUACUCGACGGCAGCCCCAUGGGGAGUUCCCAAGCCCCAAACAUUGAAGAGUUCGGUCUCCAAAAAAGUCUUGUUGACCUUGAAGCUAAGCACGGUCAUGCACAACGACGACGGGCAAGUCCGCGAGGAUCCGCCGAGAUCUCGGAUGAGAUGCGGAAAGGCAGCGUGACAACAAAAACCAAACACGGCCAGAAGAUCACGCUCCAGAGCCAAACAAAGCGACCACAGCAAAAGCACCGAUUCCACAAAGUCAAUCCAGGAACACCGCCAGAUGAAAAAGGCCCUAUGCUGCUCAAAACUGUCGAAGAUGCUAUACAACGGUUGAUUGUACCUGAACUCAAUGCAAAAAACGAGAAAGCUCAGCUAGGACGCCGUUUCACUGGAGCAGAAGUCUCUCGCUACAUGAGCUCUUGCUAA